AUGGCUUCUACCACCUCCAAAUUGAGCAUGACGCUUCUCAUUGACACAAAAACUGAGAAAGUGAUAUUUGCUGUAGCUUCAAAACGAGUUGUGGAUUUUCUUUUCAACAUGCUAUGUUUGCCUGUUGAAUUCCAUAAAGAAGGCUAUGGCAAUGAAGAUGGCGAGACCGGUGAUGACUAUUACAAUGAAAAAGAAGGCGAUGACAAUGAAGAUGGUGAGAACGGUGAUGACUAUUACAAUGAAGAUGGUGAGAACGGUGAUGACUAUUACAAUGAAGAUGGUGGCGACGGUGUCUAUUAUGACCGUGAAGAAGGUUAUGACUACGACGAUGGUGAAAACAGUGAUGACUAUGACUAUGAAGAACAUGCCAAUUACAACGAAGAUGGUAGCGACGAUUGUGUCUAUUUCGACGAGGAAGAAGACGAAGAUGGUGAGGACGAUGACUGUCAUGGCGAGAAAGACGAAGAUAGUGAGGAAGAGGAAAAAGAAUUCCAAGGAGAAGCUAGGCUUUAUCGUUGCCCAAAAAAAUGUAGCAAAAUUGUGACAAGCAUUAAAAAACCUAAUUGUUAUUGGUGCAAGAAACCUAUGGAGCAUAUAACAGAUUAUAGUGAACUCAAACCUAAGGACACUGGUGAAGAUAAUGUAACUUUCUUGGUGACGGAUGAUUUAGUUUUUCAGCCUGUUACUUCAAUGAAUGAGAUUGUUAACAAGUAUAAUAUCAAAGACUAUCGAGAGAUGAUUGUUGAAUUGCGAAUCAAUGAGGGAAUCAAAUUGCGUAAAGCUUCAUUGAAGUCGAAGAUGAUUUUGACGAGUGUUUUUGUCAAUAAGGAAUAUUGA